AUUUGUCAGUACGCGGAGAGCGGCUCGGCCGCGCGCACGCCGGGUAUCCAGGCCGAGCCGGGAACGCCGAGAGCAUGGCGGUCGCGGGCGCAAAGCGGCGCGCGGUUGCGGCCCCGGCGGCGGCGGCGGCGGAGGAGGAGCGGCAGGCGCGGGAGAAGAUGCUGGAGGCGCGGCGCGGGGACGGCGCGGACCCCGAGGGCGAAGGCGUGACCCUGCAGCGCAAUAUCACGCUGCUCAACGGUGUGGCCAUCAUCGUGGGCACCAUCAUCGGCUCCGGCAUCUUCGUGACGCCCACCGGCGUGCUCAAGGAAGCGGGCUCGCCCGGACUAUCGCUCGUGGUGUGGGCUGUGUGCGGCGUCUUCUCCAUCGUGGGCGCACUCUGCUACGCGGAGCUGGGCACCACCAUCUCCAAGUCAGGCGGCGACUACGCCUACAUGCUGGAGGUCUACGGCUCGCUGCCCGCCUUCCUCAAGCUCUGGAUCGAGCUGCUCAUCAUUCGGCCCUCCUCACAGUACAUCGUGGCGCUGGUCUUCGCCACCUACCUGCUCAAGCCGGUCUUCCCCACAUGUCCGGUGCCCGAGGAGGCUGCCAAGCUCGUGGCCUGCCUCUGCGUGCUGCUCCUCACGGCCGUGAACUGCUACAGUGUGAAGGCUGCUACCCGUGUGCAGGACGCCUUUGCGGCUGCCAAGCUGCUGGCCCUCGCCCUCAUCAUCCUGCUCGGCUUCAUCCAGAUGGGAAAGGACAUGGGGCAAGGUGAUACGUCUAUCCUGCAACAGAAGUUGUCCUUUGAAGGCACCAAUCUGGAUGUGGGGAACAUUGUGUUGGCAUUGUACAGUGGCCUCUUCGCCUACGGAGGAUGGAACUAUCUGAAUUUUGUGACGGAAGAGAUGAUCAACCCCUACAGGAACCUACCCCUGGCUAUCAUCAUCUCCUUGCCCAUCGUCACACUGGUCUAUGUGCUGACGAACCUGGCCUACUUCACUACCCUGUCUACUGGCCAGAUGCUGACCUCUGAAGCUGUGGCUGUGGAUUUUGGGAACUACCACCUGGGAGUCAUGUCCUGGAUCAUUCCUGUCUUUGUGGGCUUGUCUUGCUUCGGCUCUGUCAACGGGUCUCUGUUCACAUCCUCAAGACUGUUCUUCGUGGGAUCCAGGGAGGGCCACCUGCCUUCUGUUCUCUCCAUGAUCCACCCACAGCUCCUGACACCUGUGCCGUCACUGGUGUUCACGUGUGUCAUGACCCUGAUGUACGCCUUCUCCAGAGACAUCUUCUCCAUCAUCAACUUCUUCAGCUUCUUCAACUGGCUGUGUGUGGCCCUGGCAAUCAUCGGCAUGAUGUGGCUGCGCUUCAAGAAGCCUGAGCUGGAGCGUCCCAUCAAGGUGAAUCUGGCCCUCCCCGUGUUCUUUAUCCUGGCCUGCCUCUUCCUCAUUGCUGUGUCAUUCUGGAAGACACCCAUGGAGUGUGGCAUUGGCUUUGCCAUCAUCCUCAGCGGGCUGCCUGUCUACUUCUUUGGUGUCUGGUGGAAGAACAAGCCUAAGUGGAUUCUGCAGGCCAUCUUCUCUGUGACGGUGCUCUGCCAGAAGCUGAUGCAGGUGGUACCUCAGGAGACUUAGCCACGAGUCCUGGGUGCCGCAGGGAGAGCGCACUGUGACUGCUUCCAGACACCUCACCUUCGGAAGAGUAGCGUCCAGGCCUGUCAUCCCCACAGCUCCAGGGAGCACCACCAACCAUCUAACAACACCCGCUGCCCCUCAGGUCAGGGGUCCACAGUGGCUGUGAAAGAAAACUGGUACGAGUUUGUCCCAGAAGGUGACCGUCCAUGCAUACAUAGCACCCGGUGUGAGGCCUGCGUGCUGUGUCCUGAGGCCUGGACUUCCUGACUUUCUGGGGACUGCCACAUCUGGGCUUUCUCCCCUCUGAUUUUUUGUUUUGUUUUUGUAGCGUGCAUUUGGGUCAAGUUUACACUACCGAGAUGAUUAUUUUUUAACAAAACAGGGUAGCAAGGAGCAGGAGAUGGUGUGGCCAAACAGUCCCGCUCUGAGUGUGGGGACUUGUGGCCACAGCUCUUCUCCAAAGGCUGUUGUUGAGUAGCACAAGGUGCCUCAAGGAGACCACAUCACUGUCACCAGGUCGAAAGAACUACUGAGACUCCGACAUCAGCUGUUCCACUGUGGACUUGGACUGACAGAUGGACGACACAUAUGCUAGCUUGGGUUUUAGUUUUCUGUGGUCCUAGAGAUAGAACCCCAACCUUACUCAUGAGGCAGACCUCUGCCGUGGGUCACUUGUUACCUUGUAAAUGUAGAGCUCGGGUCCCGCCACCCUGCAGUCCUGGUGAUUUCCCUUCCCCUGGCCCCAUAUGAAAGACCUCUGCAGCCGUAACCCUAACAGCACCUGGCUGCCACCUGCCAGCUAUAGGGCUGUGCACUCCGCACACAGGCUGACUCUGGCUCUCACACACACAGCACUCCCCGCCCCACCCCAGCUCUCCUAGAACCAGACCAGUACCAUGGGUCGCCCACCCACACACCUCCAUCAUCCACCUUCAUUGUUCCUGAGACUGCUAGCAACAUCUGUCAAGUUACCACAUCCCCUCUCAGCCCCCCAUGGCCAUUGUUCAGGAGAACAGACACCAAGCACCACUCUGCUCUCUGCCACCUGUGUGGCGUGACCACUCCAGCUCCCUAAGUAUGAAAGCUGCUGCCUCCAUGUGGGACCAUUCUGCAGACUUCCCGUUCUGUUCUGGGGGAGACUGUCAAGUCCAGCCAGCACAUCACUGAAACAGCUGACCUGCUGGAGGGACUUCAGGAUAUGAGAACCCCCUGCCGGCCCCUGCCAUUGUCUCAGAUCAUGGCCUCUCUGAAGGAGGUGUCAGCUGGAGUGGCUACUGUGCAGUUCUUACAUAGUGGUGACUUUUACCACUGGCCACCCUGAUGGCUCCUCUAUGCUUCUGGGGUUCCCUUUCAUUGGGAUAAGGAGGCAGAGGUUGAGGUCAGAGUACCUCCUGAAGGUUCUCCCAGAGAUCUGAACCGAGGCCUCUUCCCUGGAAAUCAGGGCAGGAACCCACUUCCAUCCUGGGGUGUAUCCUCAGACACAGCCUGGAUUCAAAGGGCAGGGAUUCUUGGCCAUGUUCGUGGUGCUGAUCCAGGCCCUCUGAGAAGGUCCUGUCAUUCCUAUUUGCGAUGUCUGAGGUUGUCCAUCUGUAGGUUUUUGUUUUUAAAUCAAGACCCAGCCACAGCCAUUUCGCCCAGUGCUUUGCAUUUUGGUUUUGUCCUAACGUCACUGCCCUGAAGGACACCCCUGCCUGGCCUCUGUGAGUGGUCAGUGUCUGAGUAGUGUGUCAGGCUGUGUUCCCACCACACUGGGUCCAUCUGCUGUGCCACUUGCAUUAGUGCUGUAUUGUAAUGUCUUUUACUAUUGUAUUAGUGGCUAGCCUGUUACAUUAGACUGGGGGGCGGGGUACAGGGGUCUGCUGUUUUGUGAGGCUUUUUGUUUUUAGGGGGUUGAAUUGUUUUUUUAAAAAGCUAUUGGAAUUCUAA